GCGCCGAGAUGCGGCUGUAGCGGCUCGGAUCAAAGCCUGAGCGGAGGUACCGGCUGGGUGGGAGGAGGAAUUUUUGGGAUCGAUUUCGACCCCCACCGUGCUCCUGUGUGCGUGACCAGCCCGGCCUGAUGUCAGGAUGUCGGUGAAUCCCCCCAGCAGUAACGACGCCUGCCUGAGCAUCGUGCACAGCCUCAUGUGCCACAGGCAGGGUGGUGAGAACGAGGGAUUCGCCAAGAGAGCCAUCGAGAGCCUGGUCAAGAAGCUGAAGGAGAAGAAGGAUGAGCUGGACUCGCUCAUCACCGCCAUCACCACCAACGGCGUCCAUCCCAGCAAGUGCGUCACCAUCCAGAGGACGCUGGACGGGCGACUGCAGGUGGCCGGGCGUAAAGGCUUCCCUCACGUGAUCUACGCCCGCCUGUGGCGCUGGCCGGACCUGCACAAGAACGAGCUCAAGCACGUCAAGUUCUGCCAGUUCGCCUUCGAUCUGAAAUACGACAACGUGUGCGUGAACCCGUAUCACUACGAGAGAGUGGUGUCACCCGGCAUCGUUGGUCUGAGCCUCCAGAACACAGCUCCGCCCGGCCGGCUGAUCAAAGAGGAGUACACGCACGACUGCGUUCAGAUGGACAUUCCUCCUCCCUGUUUACUUCCUCAGGCUGACCACCAGGGGGCGAUGAAGCUUCCCCCUCCGGAUCACUACACACAACCGCUACCGCCGCUACAGAUGCCCCCGGAGGCGGCACGGUGCCCCCCGCCAACGCCCCUCUACCCCAACAUGCCACUUUCUCCACCGGCGUCCAGCUCGAUGAUGCCCAUGCAGGGGGGUCAUGGUGAGGGUCUCCUGCAAAUCGCAUCCCCUCAGGCUCAGGUCAUGACCCAGACUCCUCCCCCGACCACGCCCCCACAGGCCCCGCCCACUCAGAACGGCUACGGCGGCUCUAAACACGCCCAGGCCCCGGGUUCCAUCCACACUACCUGGACGGGCAGCAGUACGGCGUCUUACACGCCCGUCGGACCCCAGCAGACCAGCCGCGCCCACCAGCCUCCCCUCCACCACCUGCACUACUGGUCUCAGCAUCACAGUUCCUCACCGUUUCCUCCUCCGGUCUCCAACCAUCCAGGGCCGGAGUUCUGGUGCUCCAUCUCCUACUUCGAGAUGGACGUUCAGGUCGGGGAGAUGUUUAAGGUGUUGUCCAGCUGCCCCGUGGUGACGGUGGACGGCUACGUGGAUCCAUCCGGAGGAGACCGCUUCUGUCUCGGCCAGCUCAGCAACGUCCAUCGUACGGAGGCCAGCGAGAGGGCCAGGCUGCACAUAGGUAAAGGCGUGCAGCUGGAGUGUCGGGGCGAGGGCGACGUGUGGAUGCGAUGCCUGAGCGACCACGCCGUCUUCGUCCAGAGUUACUACCUGGACCGGGAGGCGGGGCGGGCACCGGGCGACGCCGUCCACAAGAUCUACCCCGGAGCAUACAUCAAGGUGUUCGACCUGCGUCAGUGCCACCGGCAGAUGCAGCAGCAGGCAGCGACGGCUCAGGCGGCGGCUGCGGCUCAGGCGGCCGCCGUAGCGGGGAACAUCCCGGGUCCGGGAAGCGUGGGGGGCAUCGCACCCGCCAUCAGUCUGGCGGCGGCGGCGGGGAUCGGCGUGGACGACCUGCGCCGGCUGUGCAUCCUGCGCCUGAGCUUCGUGAAGGGCUGGGGGCCGGAUUACCCCCGGCACAGCAUCACGCACACCCCCUGCUGGGUGGAGGUGCAUCUGCACCGCGCCCUGCAGCUGCUGGACGAGGUCCUGCACACCAUGCCGCUGGCGGAUCCCGGACCGUCUAACUGAGAGCGGGAGGAGGAACCUCAUACACACACACACACACACACACACACACACACACACACAGGGUAACACGCGCCUCCUGACACACACACACACAUAUGCAGAGCUGUGAAAAAGUAUUCAACCCCCUGAACAUUUCAAAUAUGCACUCUAUAGCCCAAAGUAUGUGGACACCUCUCGUAAAGAUUAAGUUGAGUUCCGUUCAGAGGUCUGUUCUUAACCCUAAUGAACACUCUUGGGAUGAAUUGGAAUGCCGACUGUGAGCCAGGCCCUCUGAUCCCCAUCCAGCAGUGCCCAAAGUAUGUGGACACCCCUCGUAAUAAUAAGGUAUUAUAGCCACACCCAUU